AUGAAUAAUAGAACAAUAUUCUAUAAAAGAGAACUUUAAAGGCAAUCAUUAUUUGUUUUAUUAGAUUUAUAUUUUGACUUUAAUGCUGAAUAAAUUGUAAUUUAGCCUACUCCUUUAGGAAAAAUAAUUAUUAUAGAUCUUAUGUAGUUCCUCCUAAUUUUUAGAUUAUUUUAAGAAUAAUACCAUAAUUUAUUUUAAAUGCUAAGGACUAGACCUUAUUUAAUGAAGGGCAGCUAUAAAAUAUAUCCCAAAGGGAAAAAAGAAUAGUAUAUUGGUAUUAUUAAAGGAGAUUUUAUUUGUUAAAAAUAUCUCAUAUUUGAGAAUGGUAAAACUGGAAAAAAUCACAAGCUAUAAACUAAUUAAGAAAAGAGUAGGUUGGUGAUUAUCUAUUAUUGCUAGCCAUAUAAUAAGUUAUUGUAUUCAAUUUAAGUGUUGAAAUUCAACAUAUCAGACAUUUAUCCUUGA